UUUUUACUGGUUAGUUCCUGUCAGCGACACACGCAGACCCAGCAGCUCGCGGGACCCACGGAGCACACACCGCAGCACAGACAGGUAUCGCCCGCGUGCCAGACUCCGUGUUUCUUCUCUUUCUUCCGCUCGGACGCGCACUUGUCGCCCUGAUGACAGCGCGCGCAGAACCUGUAAUUACAACUGGCAAUGGACUCCUUUUGUUCCGACGAAAAGAAGAGCAGUAAAGCAGCAGCCCGGGAGCCGUGCAGUGGAAAUACUAUCUGAUAACUCCAUCCGCGCUGCGUGGACGUCCAGGCUCGAGCUCUUUUUGUUUUUUGGGUGGGGGGGACUGUUGCAGCCUACCUGUUUACGCUGCUACGCUGCAAGUCAUCAACUUCACAGCCAUUACUCUUAAAAGAGACAAUCGAGGGACAAUGGUGAAUCCCGGAGGCAGCAGCCAGCCACCACCGGUGGGCACAGGUUCUCUGUCCUGGAAGCGGUGUGCAGGGUGCGGGGGCAAAAUCGCGGACCGCUUCCUCCUCUACACCAUGGACAGCUACUGGCACAGCCGGUGCCUCAAGUGCUCCUGCUGCCAGGCCCAGCUGGGGGAAAUCGGCACGUCGUGCUACACGAAAAGCGGCAUGAUCCUCUGCAGAAACGACUAUAUCAGAUUAUUCGGAAACAGCGGAGCUUGCAGCGCUUGUGGUCAGUCCAUUCCAGCCAGUGAGCUGGUGAUGAGGGCACAGGGCAACGUGUACCACCUCAAGUGUUUCACAUGUUCCACCUGCCGGAACCGGCUGGUCCCCGGGGAUCGGUUCCACUACAUCAACGGCAGCCUGUUCUGUGAACACGACAGACCCACAGCGCUCAUCAACGGCCAUUUGAGUUCACUGCAGACGAACCCACUGCUGCCCGACCAGAAGGUGUGUUAGGCGGGGCGGGUGCAGGAAGCAGGAUGUGUGCCUUCAUUUUAGCCCUUACUCAUCGUCACCCGAGACGGCGUGGAUCAGCAGCCCCCCCGGCCUUUCAGCUGUGCUCCCAGAAAGGAAUCCACUACCCACCCGACCAGUUCCUUGACUUUUAUUUCUGUGACCCAUAUUCAACGCUCAGCCUUUCAAACUCAGCUUUUUUUUUUUCCCCAAAUAUGGGUGGAUACUUGCACUUAAUGCGUCUGAUUCAGGAACGCUGAGGACUCUGUGACCUUGGAAUUUAAGGAAGAAGAAGAAGAAGAAAGAGGCUGAUCUUUAUUCAAGGGGACUCUUCAGGAAGAGAGGAUGAAAUAAAACACAGGAGGAUGUUGUGACUGAAGCGAGAGGAGGAGAAAAAGGACUAAUGAUGUUAAGGAGAUGCAGGCUUUUCCACUGCAUAUUUGUUUAAAAAACAUUUUAGGGGGAAAACCUGGGACCUUUUCAUUUUUCCUCUCUUCCUUUUCUAUCCUCAUUCCCCAACAACAUAGUGUUUCCACUUUAUACAUUUUAGGUGUCGUUGACGGGGAAUGUUUUUGUUUAGUUUUUCUUUGGUGAUAUACAUAGAAAAA